CACGUCCAUAUCGUCACUGGCAGAUCCAGAGGGAUUAUGGCGUCUUUAGUAAAGCUCUUGAUUGCGUUAGCAUUGUUAGGUAGCUUGUCGGCAGCAGAAAAUGACGAUUCUCAGACCUUAUCAUUUUCGAAACAAGAAAUGACUUCUGUUAUAGAUAAACUUGUACGUGAACGUAUGGCCGAGAUAGAAUCUAGACUUAAACAAGAAAAUUCUGAUCUGAAACAUGAAAUUUCUGUUCUUAAAACAGCCGACGAAGUUUUGAAAUCUAGGCUGGGAAGAUUAGAAGUAGAAAACAGACAUUUGAAAUCCAAAGUUGAUUCCAUAGAGAAAGAUAUAGACAUACUAAAAUCUGCCGCAUCUGUAACAUCGUUUGACCACCCAGGGAAUGAUACCAAAGUGGACAACCAAAGUGGACAAGGACUUCCGAAGAGUUGCUCCAAACCAUCCCCCUGCUCCACAGUCGGCAUUCAAAGCCUGGCUGACUCACAAACUUACCAAUGUUGGUUCCGAGCAGAUUAUUACGUUUGACAAUGCUGAGAUUAACAUCGAUCCCCCUGCUCCACAAUCGGCAUUCAAAGCCAGGCUGACCCACAAACUUACCAAUGUUGGUCCCGACCAGAUUAUUAAGUUUGACGCUGCUGAGGUUAACAUCGGUAACCAAUAUAACCCUACCACUGGUGUUUUCACCUGUGACAUUCCCGGUCUGUAUGUGUUUCAUUUGACAAUAACAACAUUUAAGGAUAAAUCUGUGGAACUAUUUUUCAUUAAAAAUGGUCAAAGAAUGCACAACUUUUACCUUGCUAACACAGGGUACCUUGGUUCUGGAUCAACGACAGCUUUAAUUCAGCUUGACCAGGGUGACACUGUGUGGAUAAAGAGUGACCAGUACCACUCUACAGGAGAUCUGAUCGACUCUACUUAAAGCUACUUUUCCGGGUUCCUUCUUUAUUCUGGAACUCAAAACUGAAUUGUUAAACACAAGCACGAAUGCAUUGAUAUUAUGUAAAUAAAUUC